UUUCUAACAGGUGAUACACAGUUCUGUCCUAACAUACAGGAUCACUUGGAGAACACAAUCAGCUUAAGACGUACACAGCUGCCCAUUGAUCUAGGAGAAGCAUAAAGGAGACUUGCUUCACACUGAUCACUUUUUUAAUGCACAAGGCUUUAGAAAAUGCUCCUUUUUUCCCCCUGCAUCCAGUUGCAUGAAAUUCAGGAGACCAAUGUUCCAGCAGUAUUUUUACAAGUGUCUUAGCAGGAGUCAUCACUGAGCCCUAAUUGUGUUGAAUAAGCUGUGGAAAUAUAAAAUCACCUCUGAUGUAGCUGCGUGCUGUGUGGAAACGCGUGGGCUUGCCAGGAUUCCAGCACGGUUAAUCUUCCUGGGACCUCUUCCUCGAUCAGGCUUGUAACAUGACCACACAUACUCUAGUGCUGAUACAAGGAGUUUGCAGGAAUGUGUGGUUUGGGUAGAAUCAGGCUCAGGGAAUGGGCUGGGUUGCAAGGGACCCUAGAGAUCAUCUAGUUCCACCCCCCCUGCCAUGGACAUGGGUAGCAAGGGAAGUUGAGACUGUCCAUACUGUAAGUUUAGAUUUAUUUUGAAAGUAGUAAUCUCACAGAUUUUCUCUUCAAGUCUACUUUCAUGGAAACUUUUCUUGUUUCUGUAUAUUCUGUCUUCAAUGAACAUUAAAACUUUUACUGAACAGUCCUCUUGGUUACACUUCCAUCCUGCAUAUUACUUUGAGAUGAACAAUUCAAACCCAAAAAUUUUAUUUUUUGCUGAAACCUAGAAGUUCUUUAAGAAAUGGGAAAUUCAUCUAGUCUGAGUAGUGAGGAUCAAAUUACUCUUCUGUGGUAGAGUUUAAUGAUUUUGCCAUUCAGGUUAAGUGAAUGAAUUGUCCAUGGUAUAAGACUUGGGACAGCAAGCUAGAAGUGUCAUGAUACAGAGAACACCAUCUCAAAUAAAUGUGAGCUGUACAGACUUGAAAAGCAGAAAGAUAACUUUGUCAACAGCAAUCUAGUGACCAUAUGGCUGAUUGAUGAGAUGCUAAUGAUUCGCAAUAUGCAGAAGAAAUGCAAGUUUUAUGUGAUUAAUUUCUUACCACAGAUGGAUGAGGUAUGUCAGGACAUGACUGACUAAAGUUCCUGAGCCUAGACCAAUCACAAGAUGGUGCCUGGUUUGCCAUGAAAGGUUGUUAGACAACAAAGAUGAGAAAUGUUCAGGUAUAGCUUGGGAAGUGAUGGGGCUUAUGCCUGAACUCGGCAUAUAAUUUUAAUAAUGAUUAGUGCUUAAGUCUGUGCCUGAUGCUUGGUAUGAAAUAAUAAAAGAGAGCACAAACGCAAAAAUAAUAACCAAACAAGAUCUCAGUUGUUCAGCUCUUGAUGCUGAACUUUGUGGACACGACUGGACACUCCUUGAUCACUGACUGAUCCUGGCUUUUUCUCUGUUGCUAGAAUUCUACCCCCAAGUGAAGUGCUGAGCUGAGCUUUGGGAUCUGAGAGUGUGAAGAAGUCUGGUCCAAGAAAGAGGCAGGAUGAGAAACAAAUUCUGGAGAGAGCAUCAACUGAGUAGCUGCUCUCAGACCCCAUUAGUAGGCUGGAUUACCUGCAAGUGUCACAGGGGUAGAGGGAGGCCAAUUCAAAAGAUGAAUUGAUGUUGUCAAGUCCUAUGUUACAAGUAAUCCCCUUUUUUUCUAUCCCCCAUCUAGAAAUACUAAAAUGAAGGCUUUUCUACAGAAAUUUCUAUAAAAAUUUGGGCUUUGACCAGUACAGUUUCUAAGACAAGCCCUUUGUCUUCCCCAUAAGGGUAAAGCUGGUGUUCUCAACCCAGUGUGAGGGAUGUUGUCACUUCAUCUCUCAUAUAUACACAAACAAGCACUAGGUGCUGAAGAAAUAACAUGGCUUUUGUACUCAUUGCAUAUACAAUAGCUGUGUAACCCACUUUUUGAAAGGAAAAUUCUGUCAGGAGUGGCUGAUCUGUCUCUUUAGAAGAGCUGCCUGUGACAGUUUGAGAGUGAGAGUUAUGAUCUGGAGCUGAAGAAAAGCCUCUAAGAAUCAGAAGGUGAGGGUACUUGAUGUUACAGUAGUCUGCUUGAGAACUCCUCUGAGGAGUAUGUUGUUCCUGAGCCACAUUUAAAGGAUAGAGAUAGCUUCCACCACAUUUGACACAAAAAAGGUUUACUCUGAUCUUUUGUUCUUGGAUCAUGCUUGGGAGCCUUCAGCAUUCAGCCAGUCCAAUAUGAUUUGUGGUGAUCCAAGACAUUGUGGUCUGCCAGUUGCUCCUUGUUCCCUGUCCCUCUGCAGAGCACUGUUCCUGUAUCAUAUGCUACAGAAGGGAACUUAUGUUCAUCUACUACUUCAUCAAUUAUUGAUUAUGUACAUCACCUACUUCAUCAAUUUAAGGAGAGGUGCUCCAGCCCUCUGAUCACCUUGGUGACUGUCCUCUGGACUUGCUCCAGCAGCUGCCCAUCCUCCUUACUUUGGGAGCCCAGAUCCUAUGAGACUGUAGUGGAGGGACAGAGUCCCCUCCCUCAGCCUGCUGGCCACAGCUGACUUUGCUGCAGCCCAGACACAGUUGCCUUUCUGGUCUGUGAGUGGACAUGGCUGGGUCAUGUUGAACUUCUUGUCAACCAACAACCCCAAGUCCUUCUCAGGGCUGCUCUCAAUCUAUUCAUCUCCCUGCCUAUAUUUGUGCUUGGGAUUGCACCCAUGUGCAGGACCCUAACUUAGCUCAAACUUCAAAUUACUUGCUUUAGAUGAUCUGUGUUUAAGAUGGGAUGUGAACAAGCUUUCAUAGGAUCAAAUCCAGUGAUAUUUUUGCUAGGACACCUUUCCUACUGUAAAAUUUAAAACUUCAUUUUAGAGAACAGAAGGAAAACACUUGUUUCCCUCCCUCAUAAACACUUCUGGUCUUAGAUACUUUAUGUGAAGGCCAGAGAGAUGCAGAGGGGGAUGUUACUGCAAUGCUCAUCUGCAUUCCUCAGAAAGGCAAGGUAAAGGAAAAGAUUGGGACACUCAGCACUUGUUCACUUCUGAAUAGUGUGAAAACUGACCCCCUGAUGUCUUACAAGUUUGAAGACUUUUGAAGAUGUGUAAAUGUGGUGCUCAGGGAUGUGGUUUAGUGGUGGAAUUGGCAGUGCUGUGUUAAUGGCUGGACUCGAUGAUCUUAGAAGUGUUUUCCAACCUAAAUGAUUCUAUGAUUACUUCCAGGUAUACUAGAUGUUAGAAAGAAGAACUAUGGAAAUGUAACUAUUAAAUUGGGUGUGUCCCUUUAAAAGCUGGGAAGGACAACUGUAGAGGAUUUGUCUGAGAUGAUGCUACAGAUGCAUCUUUAACUGGUCAGCUAGUGGUAGGUAUCCACCCUACGUCAGCAUGAUGGGCAGCUUCCCUAUAAAGCAGUUACAAAGUCUGAGAAUACCUGGUGUUACCUGUAAUUACAUCCCAGAUAAAAGGAACAACCUGGGAAAUUCAUCUGCCUGUCGAUGUUAUGAAACAGCUGAAACUCACAAUGGAGACAAUAAUUAAUGUGAGUAUCAUUCCAAGUAAUUUUAGAUGGUAUUCUCAUCACCCAGUGACAUGUGAUGCUAAACCCUGCAACCUGAAGGAGAACAACAUGUGCAGCAUGUAGUCCUUUCCAAACUGAUGCUCCAUUUUGAUCAGUUCUCCGUCAAGCAGAAUGUAAAAAACUUCCCUUGGCAUGAGGGGGGAAAAAAUAUAAAGUGAAAAUCUGUGGGUAGGAAAGAACUGUUGGUAUGAACCGUGGUGUGCUUUAGAUCUCAGGAGUGGUCCCUUCUAGUUUAUGUAAGACAAGUGGAAAAUACUAUUGUGUCAGGUAACAUUUUUUGCCCACUCUGCUCUCCCUUUACCCGAAUGUAACCAACAGUGUCAUUGACAAAUCACAGAGAAAGUGUGUCUGUGGUCACUGACUGCAGCUUAAUGCCAGGAUGCCCAUGAAUACCAGGAACCUUUCCUGCUUCCUAAAUUUAAGAAGAUGCAGAUACUAUUUGCUAAGUGAACUCCUCCUCUUUCCUUGACUUUCCAUCCCUUCCCUCCCAGUCACACACUGUGCUGACCAAACCCAGCACAAGGAGAAUAGGUAUUGACACUACUCCUGAUGAAAAUUUCCAAAUUAAAUCUAUCAUUAAAAUGAAAAUAUGUGCUGUACUAGUGACAGAUGCAGCCCACUCUCAUUAAGUGGCUCACCUACACUCAAUGCUCUGUGUUUACACAGCCACACAAAGAGCUAUUAGCAGAACACCAUGCAGCUUUCAUGAUGUGGUAGUGCCUUGAACAAAUGCACUAGCUGAGAGCCCUGCCCCAUUCAGUGUAUAUGAGCAUGUUUCCAUAGAGGCUGCUUGCUUUUGGCUUUUCCUCUAAAAGGCAGUUGGAAAAAUUUGUGGGGAUAAAGAGGGUUUGAGUGAGAAAAAGUCCAUAGCACUGCUGGAAAAGUAUCCUCUUAUUUGGGCAUACAGUGGAAUUUGUAUGAAUGCAAGGAAUCUGUCCCAGGGACCUAAGAGCUUAUAGCAGCACAGAUAAAAACUUGCAUUUAAAACAUAAUAUCCACGACUCAAUGAGUAUAUAAGGAGCAAUGCAAUGCAGAAUAGGCAUUAAGAAUUCAUGUGACUACUGUGAAAUGUAGAAAAAUGUGAUUACAUGGUAACAAAUGAAAGAGAAAAAUAUGUAGCAAAGUAUUUCAAUUAAAAAAAACCCCAGUAUUUCAAUUCAAAAAAAAAACAGUAUUUCAAUUCAAAACUUUAUCUUAAGGACCAUCAGCAAGUGGACAACAUAUUAGGAAAUAAAUCUUACCUAGAUUAUAGGCUACUUCUCAAAGAAGGUCCCAAGUCUUCAGCAUGAACACAGGCUCAGUGACAGAGGAACAUUAGUUUUUUGUCACUAACAUGAUGCUGUUUUUAUAAAGGAUACCUAGAUGUUAAUACUAAAUUGUUAUAAUCUAUUUGAGAGAAUACAUCUCUUUCUAAUACAAAAUUAUUGUCUUGUUCUGUAGAGGAUAAAUUAAUGUGAGAGGAUAAACCCCUACUGGGUUUGCUGCUAUCAAGCUGUGCACUAUGAGCUUUUCCCAGAUAAUUUCUUCUUGUCCUUCCCUCAAGCAUUUCAUCAGUAGCUAUUGCCUUUGAAAGGACUAAAGCACACUGUACAUGUGAUGUUUCUAUUUUCUAAGUGUUAGACCAUGACAACACCACAAAGACGUGCACCUUACAUUAUGUCAAACUUUUCCUUCUGCUGUUCAAAAUGUAAAACCCCAGUAAAAGGAUUACGGGAUAGUCUAGUCUGAAAUACCACAGAAGAUAUCAGGUUUGAGCACGAAGAAUGAUUGCCUAGCUUUGUUGUAAUCUUUGGGAAGGUUUCAGUAGGAGUUCUAUAUUUAGGACUCACCUUAACCCUUAUACCAGACCUCCUGUAACAAUGCCUGGUUUUGAACAUAUUCAUUAGUAACUGGCCAAAACAAAUUUCCUACUUGCCACAUCAGUCCCAAAAGAGCAACGGGAAUUGAUGGAUUUGUGAUGCAUCAAAUAAUGAAGAGAAAGCCACCAGAAGAAAAUCUUGGCCUUCCUAACCUCCCUGCAUGCUGGGCAGACUCCAGGGAAGAGAAAAAUGCAGCAAACGGAACAGGACUGAAGGGCACUGGCCUCCCAGACUCUUUCCUUCUCCAAGUGACUCAGAUGUUUUAGAUAUGUGAAAAGUGUCUUGGCUGCAAAGUGCAAGUGUUUCAGAGCCCCUCUGUGUCCCCACUAACAACAGUUGCUGAGAUCAGUUUCUUCCUCCUAAUUUUUGCUGCAACCUCCUGCCUCCCCUCAUCUUAAACUCAGACCCUGCCUCUGCUCUCAAAGUAGUCAAGUGUCCAUCCUGAAUUAGGUUUGUUGUAAACAAUGAAGCAGUGGGAGGAUUUUCCUUAAUUGUCCUUGUUAAAAUUCAUAUGGUACUUAAUUAAAGUAUGAUACUUAAUUAAGUAUGAUACUUAAUUAAAAGCUUGCCUAUCUGAAACCAUUGAGGAAACAAGACAAAAACAAUCCUUCCAGAAAUAUGUCCAGAUGCAAAGCAAGGAGAGGACUACACAGGGAUCUGGUUUUUGCCUGACCUCUGCCACUGAUUCACUUCAAUAAUUUCUGCAAGUCAUUUACUGUGCAUCAAUGUGCUUAUUGAUGGAGGAAAAACAAUGUUUAUUUCCUUUCACAGAGUUGUCCUGAGUCUGACUAACCACCCUUUGUGCAAAUCUUUGGAUGAAAGAAAUCAUUGGAGUUCUAAGCUCUUAAUAUAUGUUACUUAGUGUACUUUAAAACCGUCAUCACACUAGGUAGGAAUUAACAUUCCAAAGCCCAUAGGGUGGAUACCUUUUCCUAUAUAUAUAUAAAAGUCAUCAAGGGACCUGCCUCAAAGGAAGGACAACUGAAUACAGGUCACCUGGGACAGCUGAGGAGAGCCAUCACCAUGAUCCCUGCACUGCUGUUGCUGGGUCUUUCAGCCCUUGUUGCUCCAUCCCUGAGUUACAGUUGCUAUGGCGAUAUAAGUGCUCUUCAAGCCCCUACGAUCUCCUGUACACCUGUAAGAGCCUCUGACUGUGCAGGAUAUGCCAUGAUACGGAGGACGGCUGAGGCAGACCUGCCACGCCUGAGGAGAUACGAGAUCCCAAUUAAGAGAGUAGCCAGCAACCUCUGCUUGGACCCAGCGCUCAUCGGUGCCAUCAUGUCCCAGGAGAGCCGUGUGGGCCUGCUCCUGGACAACGGCUGGGACCGGGCACGGCAGAAGUACGGCCUGAUGCAGAUCAGCAGGCAGCAAGUGCAACCUUCUGUGACGUGGGAUAGUGAAGAACACAUAAAUCAGUGCUCAAAUAUCCUGGUUCUUUCCAUUAAUGAAGUACGGGCAAGACAUCCUACCUGGUCCUGGGACCGACAGCUGAGAGGGGGAAUCUGCACCUACCAUGCAAAAAUGGGCAACGUCCAGGUCUACGAGGCAGACCCAUGCAGCAAUGACUACAACUACGUCAACAGCGUGAUUAGGAGAGCCCAGUACUUUAAGAGAAAUGGGUUCUAGGUCUUAAACCCACCCCACCACGGAGCCUCCCCUCUGCAGACUGACCCAGCAGUGAUGUAGUAACCCACUACAGCCCAGUGCUGUAGUACCCAGAGCAGUUCCUCAGGUCUCCUGGCAGGACCGAUGCUGGUGGCAUUGCCAAUGCCACCUUGCUCACUCCAGCAAAUCCCAGCCCCCUGCUCACUGAUGGGCAAGCUCAGCACUGACUUCCAGGAGAUCCCCAGGGAUGAGAUCCCACAAGCUCAGGGCCUUUGAAAGACAGAUGGGGACACACCAGCAAUGUUUAAAUUUUGAGUGAGGAAGGUGACUCUUCCUGUUCAAAGUUGCACCCCAGGGCUGUUUGUGCAUCUCCCAGACAUGGACACAAACAGCUCUCCCUGGGCAUCAGCUGUGCUCUUCCCAUUUGCAUCCACCCUCUUUCCUCUCCAUGGCCAAUGCAGGGCAUGAAUACCCUGUGUUCCUUGCCUUGGUGCUGCUGGCUAAGGAGCAAUGAAGAGACUUAGUGGUCUCUGCAGUAGCUGAGUGUUGCUGUAGCCAGCCUUCAGGGGAACAAUACUAAAUAUGCUUUGCUUGGUCUCCUAAGUCCAUGGCCAUGGUGCAGCUGGGGACCUCAUCAGGGCAUCUGUAUGGAAAAUACCACAAAUGGCAGAGCAGGCAAAAUGCCUUUCCAUCAGUGAGCAGCCCUUGGAGCAGGAGUCAGCCCCAUACGUACCCACGCUGGGAGCCGUAUCACAGCAAUAGUUUUGGUAAAAAAACCCACAACCUUUCCUGUUUUAACUUUGGCACAUAUAUGCUGAGUUUCCUCCAAAUUUAAAAACAUUUCAGCAUCUGUCCCUGUGCUAGAAAUCCCAGUUUCUAAUAGAAGUGAAUGAGCUCUGGUCUGUUUGAAAGUGGAUGGGUCUCUUGGUGCCAAUUUAUUAAUUAGAUAACAAUAAUGAGAAUAAGAUAGAAAUAAAGAUAAAUGUUAAAUCCCAA